GGAGGAGGAGGAGGAGUAGUACCCCCUUCUCAAUUUAACUCUUUGACCAUGGUACUCUUUUCCUCCCUGACCCCAGUCUUUAUAGCAGUGAUAUGUGUUUUGAUUGGGAUAAUUCUGAAAAGCACAAGGAAAAGCAGCAAGAAAGAAAAGAGUGAUACUAAAAACAAACCAGAAUCUCGCCCAUGGGUGGAUGAAGACUUAAGAGACAGCACUGACCUUCAUGUAGAGGAAGACGACAUUGAUGAGGAGUGGCAAGGAUUAGAUGAAAACAUUGCACAUGUCCCUUUCUCUGCCGAGCGCUAUUCUGAAGAUGAAAUGAUUAAAAGGUCAAAGGAAUUUUAUGAGCUUCUCAAUAAGAGGCGGACUGUCAGAUUUAUAAGUGAUGAGCCAGUCCCCAAGGAGGUUAUUGAUAACGUCAUCAAAACAGCAGGAACUUCUCCCAGUGGAGCACACACUGAACCUUGGACUUUUGUAGUAGUGCAUGAUCCAGAAAUAAAACAUAAAAUUCGGGAGAUCAUCGAGGAGGAAGAAGAAGUAAACUACAGGAAAAGGAUGGGAGACAAAUGGGUGCAUGACCUAAAAAGACUGAGAACAAAUUGGAUCAAAGAAUACCUGGAUACAGCUCCCUAUCUGAUCCUCAUUUUUAAGCAGGUGUAUGGGAGACUUCCAAAUGGCAAAAAGAAGACCCAUUACUACAAUGAGAUCAGUGUUUCUAUUGCCUGUGGUAUCCUUCUGGCUGCACUGCAGAACGUGGGUCUGGUCACAGUGACUUCUACCCCUCUGAAUUGUGGCCCUCGUCUCAGGGUGCUGCUUCAGCGCUCGGCAAAUGAGAAGUUACUCUUGCUGCUCCCUGUUGGAUAUCCCAGCAAAGACGCCACUGUGCCUGAUCUGACACGGAAGCCCCUGGAUGAUAUUAUGGUGGCUAUGUGAGCAUGGAAAAAUCAAGGCAAGCAACUACCAAAAUGCCUGUUGUAAAGCAACAACUCAUAUAAUUCUGCUUCUCUUCAUUUCUAUUGCACACACUUCAUCUUUGUCCUUUUUUAUGCAUCUGCUGUGCCGGCUGUUUAUACUGGUAUGCCUUUUUAGUGCUAGCAAUUGCAGUGGCUACAUUCGCUAUAUGCAGUGAGUAGUCAAGCAUGGUGAAUUUGACAGCUGCUAUUAUCAAUGAGCCUGGUUGAUUGUUC